GAGUCUCUAGAGAUCAUAAUCGAUAAGCCAAUGGCUAAUAUCAUCGCAGCGCGGAGUUUAUCAUCCUAUACCUCACGAUCCAUCUUGUCAUCUCUUCCAGUCGGGCACAAUCGCCGACGUUUACUAUGUUUCACCCAAGAGACUCGACUUCACGCUGAGGCUCGCACAGGCUUAACUACGAAUCCAUCAACACCAAUCUUGAGCAUUCGAACAUUUUCUCAAGUUGCAUCUCGUUUACAGGCCGAUCAUACCGAUUACCUGCCAGAGCACCUCGAUGCCUUUCCAGUUCAACCUCCAGAUAUUCCUUUUUCGCAGCUUGUUCCGGACUCACGCAACGGCGAAAAAUUAUCUCAGGACUCUUUAGUCACAGACGAGCCUUCUAGUCAACCUGAACUUCAUGCUGUCGUGAGCACCUUUGAUCUAUUUUCGAUCGGCAUUGGCCCCUCGAGUUCCCAUACAGUUGGACCUAUGAGAGCUGCCAAGAUUUUUGUCAAUGAUCUGAAGAAGGCAGGCGUGUUGAAAAACGCUCGACGAUUGAAAGUGGCCUUAUAUGGGAGUUUGGCUGCGACAGGCAAAGGUCAUAUGUCUCCAGAAGCUUUGAUAGCCGGCUUCGAGGGUUGCGAUUGUGAAACAGUCCCAACACACACGAUCCCUACAAGGUAUCAAGCAGUCUGCGAUAAUAAAUCUAUUGUUCUUGGCGCGGAACUGAGUGAUGGUGAAGGAGGUCAACUCACACAAUUUGACAUCGAGAAAGACAUGGUCUGGUUAUGGGAUCGAGUCCUUCCUCAACAUCCUAAUGGAAUGCUCUUUUCGGUCUAUGAUGAACAAGGUGACUUGAUUGCGAGUAAUACUUACUUUUCAGUAGGAGGAGGUUUCGUCGUCAAUAAAGAUACACAAUUUUCUCGAGAGAAUCUUUACUACAAGCAAAUUGAUAAGAAAGGAGCGUCAGCCGUCCGCUUGGAGCCAUUUCAUCCUGCUCCCGUUUCUCAGCUUCUCUUGGAAUCACAGUCCCAGAAUGAUGGUGAAAGUGGCAAGGAUUCGAAGGCGGACAUAGUUGACUCCAAAGACAGCACUUCUGGACCCAAUCAGCCUCCUUUGCCAUUUCAUAAUGGCGACAGUCUCUUAGAAUUAACUCGGAUACACAACCUUACAAUUGCUCAGAUCGUUUUCAACAACGAAAGGCAAUUUCUGUCCGCAAGCGAGAUCAGGGCUAAUCUUAUGAAAAUCUAUCGCGUGAUGGAUGAUUCCAUUAGACAAGGUGUCUCUUCAGACGAAGAAACCCUUCCAGGUCGCUUACGUGUCAAACGCAGAGCCAAGAAUCUUUAUCGACGCUUACACCGAGGCUUUUUCCCUUCCAUCUCAGACUCGCCCAGCAACAGCCCACCUGCCUUGUCAUUCACUAAACCAAAUUUAUUACCUGAAGUCUCCAACACAGCUCUUACUUCUACCUCCCAAGAAGAUUCAACUCGAGCUUUAUCACCACAAUCAAAUGCAACCAUUGAGCACAGAGGUGAGACUCGUGCUCCGUUGGUGGUCAGAGGCAGAUUCGAUCACGAGAUUCCACCUGUGAUGCCUCGUCGAAAUAGUUUCCCGUCCAUGGACUUCCUUUCCUGUUACGCUAUCGCAGUCAAGCAAGUCAAUGCUGCCGGUGGGAGAAUCGUGACGGCUCCAACCAAUGGGGCAGCUGGUGUCAUCCCCGCUGUGCUCAAAUAUUUCUUGGAGUUCAUCUCCGAAGACCAUGAGCGUGACACCAUGACAUUCUUACUGACAGCAGCAGCGAUCGGAAUGCUUUAUAAGAGAGGAGCAACCAUUAGUGCCGCUGAAGGUGGAUGUAUGGCUGAAGUCGGAGUGGCAUGUUCGAUGGCAGCUGGUGCCUUUGCCGCGUGCAUGGGGGGGAGUCCAGAAGUUAUUGAAGCCGCGGCGGAGAUCGGAAUUGAACAUUGCCUCGGAUUGACCUGCGAUCCAAUUGAUGGUUUAGUACAGAUUCCCUGCAUUGAAAGAAAUGCGCUUGGAGCUGUCAAAGCCGUCACGGCCGCUCAAUUAGCUCUCUCAAGUGACGGGAUUCAUAGUGUCUCUUUAGACGAGGCGAUCGCUGCGAUGAGACAGACGGCCAAGGACAUGUCAAGCAAAUACAAAGAGACCAGUCGGGCUGGAUUAGCAACAUCGGUGAAAGGCGCCAGAAUCUCGGUCGCUGUCCCAGAUUGCUGAGAAAUGACCAACGACAGUUAUACACCUCGGUUCAUACACGGCAAGCCGGAUGUGUUUCUUGCCUCCUGUGUUAUGAAUUUUGUUUGUUUGCGCAUAACGGAUGUCACGGACGACUAGAUUGUCAAGUAUUGAGCUAUGCCUCUUACUCAAGGACAAUAUAUCACAUGUCGAGAACGUUUGACGCAUUUUAUUGAAUUGAUGAAAGCAUUCUUGUACAGAACAGAAGAUUUGAAUUGAAGAGGCAAUUGAAUUAUGCCUUACCUACCUGUGGU